AUGGAAGAUAAUAUGAUAAUUGAUACUUCUUCUACGGCAAAAAGUUCUCUCGCACAAAAUUUCCAAGAAAUAGUUACAAACAAUCAGGUUGUUCUGGAUUGGAAAUAUGAAAUGCGACGUCAGAUGCAAGAAAUACUUCCAGGUCUAUUUUUAGGACCGUAUUCCUGUUCAAAAGAUCUUCAAAUGCUUCAACAAAACACCAUAACACAUAUUGUCUCCAUUAGGGAUUCAUCAGAAAAAACGUUAUUACGUCCAAGGUUUCCUGAACAUUUUAAAUACUUUGAAAUCGAAGUCUCAGAUUCUCCAAACGAACGAUUGAUACCACAUUUUCCACAAGCAAAAGCAUUCAUUGAUAACGCCCUUUUAAAUAAUGGCAAAGUGUUUGUUCAUUGUAAUGGUGGAAUUUCAAGAAGUCCAGCGUUUGUAGUAGCAUAUGUUAUGGAAACAACUAAAAUGGAUUAUCAGCAUGCAUAUGGUUUUGUUCAAAAUAGAAGAUUUUGUAUGAAUCCUAAUGAGGGUUUCAAAGUACAAUUAAAGGAAUAUGAACCUAUUUAUUCUGCAAGAGAUUCGAUCAACUCACAUCAAUAUACUCAAGCAGAAAGAGAACGACAAGCUGUACGAAGACGUGCGCCUGACGAUGAAGAAACAAAUGAAUAUGAAUUGGCUAGAAAACUUCCUUCUUUUCACGAUGAAACACAAAUGCAAAGGUGA